AAUAGUUUUGUUAAUAGUUUGCCAAACGCAGUAAUUUCGUCAACGGUUUUGUCAAUCGCAAUCAGUUUCACCAAUCGCCAAAGUUCGUCAGACGAGACGAUUGACGAAAUUAUUGCAAGAAUAAUUCCGUCAGGCAUAAUUAAUUUCAUAUCAGUGAAUUCAACCAUCUCUCAAAAACCUUCACUUAUCGCAUACUCUGAAGCUGAAAAAUUAUUCUCACAACUUAAAGAACGCAAAGAUGAUAUCGAUCGUAUAAUAUUCGCAAAACUUAUGAAACAGCUUUCUGAAUUGUUUGAUAAUAAAUUUGAUAUUGUAUUUAAAAUAAUAGAGGUUUUAGACAUAAAUAUCGGUUGCAACGAUCACAAUGAAAGUUCAAAUGAAACAUCUAAUAGAAAUGAUAACAAAUCUGUGUCUUUCCAAAAAAAAAAUUCAUCCAAGUCUGAUAACAGAGCACCUAAACAAUCUAAGUCAAACAACGAUAAACCAUCUAAGUUUAAUGCUGAUGAUGAAUCACUUGAAUCUGAUGAUGAGAUAUUUGAGUCCGAUUAUGAAAUUCCAUGA